AUGUCAUCCACAGCAGUACCACGACCUAAACCUUGGGAGACCAGUGCUUCGUUAGAGGAGCCACAGCGUAAUGCUCAGUCUUUAAGUGCGAUGAUGACCUCGAAUCAGCAGGAUUCCAGGCCAACUGAAGAAAGCAAUAACAGUAAUAGUGCAAGUGAGUCUGCUCCCGAAGUUUUGCCGCGGCCUGCGGCACUUAACUCCUCUGGUACCUACGGCGAAUCGAAUACAAUACCGGGAAUAUACGGUAAUAGCAAUUAUGGGAUACCCUAUGAUAAUAAUCCGUAUAGUAUGAACUCUAUAUACGGAAACAGCAUAGGGAGGUAUGGCUAUGGAGGAUCGUACUAUGGCAACAAUUAUGGAUCGUUUUAUGGAGGAGGGUACGGUGCAGGAGCGGGAUAUGGAAUGAAUAAUGGAAGUGGACUAGGUGAGUCGACGAAGGCCACCUUUCAGUUAAUAGAAAGUUUGAUAGGCGCUGUUACUGGAUUUGCACAAAUGCUGGAAUCUACUUAUAUGGCCACACACAACUCGUUUUUCACCAUGAUAUCCGUCGCAGAACAGUUUGGUAAUUUGAAGGAAAUGCUAGGUUCAUUUUUUGGUAUCUUUGCUAUAAUGAAGUUUCUUAAAAAAAUACUCUAUCGUGCUACUAAGGGGAGACUAGGAAUACCACCAAAGAAUUUCGCAGAAUCUGAAGGAAGCAAAAAUAAACUAAUUGAAGAUUUUCAAAAGUUUAAUGAUAGUGGUACCAUAAAUUCUAAUGAGAAAGCCACAAGAAGGAAAAUUUCAUGGAAACCGCUACUAUUUUUUUUGAUGGCAGUAUUUGGUUUUCCAUAUCUACUAAACAAAUUUAUUACUAAACUACAGACCUCUGGAACCAUACGAGCAUCGCAAGGAAAUGGUAGCGAGCCUAUUGAUCCUUCGAAGUUAGAAUUUGCAAGAGCGUUAUAUGAUUUUGUUCCAGAAAACCCAGAGAUGGAAGUUGCUUUAAAAAAGGGCGACUUGAUGGCAAUUUUGAGUAAGAAAGACCCUCUUGGGAGGGAUUCUGACUGGUGGAAAGUGAGGACAAAGAACGGCAAUAUUGGCUACAUUCCGUAUAACUAUAUUGAGAUCAUAAAAAGACGGAAGAAAAUUGAGCAUGUUGAUGAUGAAACGCGUACACACUAG